GCCUCAGCGCCGGGCCGCCGCCCUCCACGUGACCUCCACCUUCGCCGUCAUCCCCAUAUGCAAAACGGGGAAACGGGGAAACGGAGGCCCACCACCAUGCAGCUCAGUGUGGAGGCUGCUGGCCCUGCCAUCUGUAAGAAGAUGUCAUACGGAUCCAUCGCCCGUGGAGGUGGCCUGGGGAGCCGUGGCCCUUUCGGGGGACCUUCGAGACAAGGCUGUCAGCCCCUAGAGUGCGCUAGAUGUUGGACCGAGUAUGGAAUCCGCCAUUUCCCCUGCCCGUCGCCAGAGAGCAAGCUGCAGAACCCCUGUGUGGGGAAGGACGGGGAAGGUGAUCUGGGGCCGGCAGGCACGCCUAUUGUCCCAAGGGCCAGGAAGCGAGGGCCUGGGGUUGCCCCUGAAGGCAGCCGGAUGCCGGAGCCCACCUCAUCACCCACCAUUGGCCCGAGGAAGGACUCGGCUGCUGGGCCCCAUGGCCGGAUGGCGGGGCCCAGCGCUACCCGGGCCAAGAAGAGGAAGCCCAACUUCUGCCCGCAGGAGACCGAGGUGCUGGUGUCCAAGGUGAGCAAGCACCACCAGCUGCUGUUUGGCACGGGGCUGCUGAAGGCCGAGCCCACUCGCAGGUACCGCGUGUGGAGCCGCAUCCUGCAGGCCGUGAAUGCGCUGGGCUACUGUCGCCGCGACGUUGUGGACCUGAAGCACAAGUGGCGGGACCUACGAGCCGUCGUGCGGCGCAAGCUGGGCGACCUCCGGAAGGCGGCCCAUGGCCCCAGCCCUGGUUCCGGCAAGCCCCAGGCCCUGGCUCUCACGCCCGUGGAGCAGGUGGUGGCCAAGACCUUCUCUUGCCAGGCCCUGCCCUCCGAGGGCUUCAGUCUGGAGCCGCCCAGAGCCACCCAGGUCGAUCCGUGCAACCUCCAGGAGCUGUUCCAGGAGAUGUCGGCCAACGUCUUCCGAAUCAACUCCAGUGUGACCUCCUUGGAGCGGAGCCUUCAGUCCUUAGGGACACCGAGUGACACGCAGGAGCUUCGGGACAGCCUGCACACGGCACAGCAGGAGACCAACAAGACCAUCGCAGCCAGCGCCAGCUCCGUGAAGCAGAUGGCCGAGCUGCUGCGCAGCUCCUGCCCGCAGGAGCGUCUGCAGCAGGAGCGUCCUCAGCUGGACCGGCUGAAAACCCAGCUCUCAGAUGCCAUUCAGUGCUAUGGAGUGGUGCAGAAGAAAAUUGCAGAAAAGUCCAGAGCGCUGCUUCCCAUGGCGCAGAGGGGCAGUAAACAGCAGAGUCCCCAGGCCCCGUUUGCCGAGCUGGCUGAUGAGAAGGUCUUUAACGGGAGUGACAACAUGUGGCAGGGCCAGGAGCAGGCGCUGCUCCCGGACAUCACUGAAGAGGACCUGGAGGCCAUCCGGCUGCGGGAGGAGGCCAUCCUGCAGAUGGAGAGCAACUUGCUGGAUGUGAAUCAGAUCAUCAAGGACUUGGCCUCCAUGGUAUCAGAGCAAGGAGAAGCUGUUGGGUCCAGCAGCAGCAAAGCCAUCUGCCGGCAGAGCUGCAGCCCCGAGCCAGCCGCGGCGGCCCUGCUGCUGGGUGCCGGGCUGGGCUCCACACCCCUGCGGCCGGGCCCCCACUCCCGCACCAAGACACGCAAGCCCAACUUCAGCCCCCAGGAGACGGAGGUGCUGGUGCAGAGGGUGAGGCGCCACUACCCGCUGCUGUUCGGGGCGCUGCGGGGCACACCUGCCCGAAAGCACCGCGUGUGGAGCCGCAUCCUGCAGGCAGUGAACGCGCUGGGCUACUGCCGCCGCGACCUGGGGGACCUCAAGCACAAGUGGCGGGACCUGCGAGGUGCUGUGCGCAAGAAGCUGGCGGAGGGCGGCCCCGCCCCCGGCCUCCUCCUCACGCCUGUGGAGCGCAUGGUGGCAGAGACCUUUUCCGCCCACGGUCCCCAAGGCGAGGGCCAGACCACGGAGCCCCUGCCAAGCCCUUCCCUCUGGGCCCACUUGGAAGCCCCACACGUGGUGCUGUCUGGUUACUCUCAGCCUGUCAGGCACGCUGUGCCCCCUUCCGAGCCCACGGGCCCACUCAGGGACCACCGGAAGCCAGGCGUUUCUGUCUGGUCAGGCCUCGUCUGCAGCCCGCAGCUGCCACUGGCUCCAAGGGUGACGCUGGCUCUGAGGGUGAUGCUGGCUCCGUGCCUCCUCCUGCCGCCUCCGUGUCUCCUCCCACCGCACCUCCUCUCCUCCUCAAGACACUGUGCCAGGAGCUCCUUCGCCGUCCUCUGCAUAUGGUGGCCCACCCUUCGAAGCAGAGCCCCGCUGGACCCUCCCCUUCCUGGGAGCUGCCGGAAGGACUUUGGGAACGAAGACCCGGAAGCAGGACCAGCUCCUUGAGGGCCACAGAGUGGACAGAAGGACCCAGCCUCACAGGACAGGCAGGGGCUGGCCUCAAACGCCCCCAGUGGCGGCCACGGCAGAACUUGGAGCGCUGGGGCAUCCUCAGCUGCUCCUGCUCACGGCGGUGCAUGAGGCUGGGACCCAUGGGCAGAGUGGGCCAGACUGGUUGGGAGACGCAUGUAGACCCAGCCAACCCUGUGGCUGGGCUUGGACAAGGGGCCUGGGCUGUGGGCCUUGGGCGAUGGGCCUGGGCACUAGGCCUUGUGGUGGGGCUUGGGGGAUGGGCCUGGUCAGUGGGCCUCCUGAUGGGGUGGGGCUGGAGGAGGAUCUGGGUCCUCACAGGCCUGUGCAGGCCAGGGAUGGCUGGAUCCACCCCCAGGGAGGCCACGUUGUCUCCUGCAGGGCAGAUUCUUGCAGCCAAGGGUCCUAUGGGCAGAGGCAGACCUGGUUUGGGGGUGCUUCAUGGCAAGGGUAGACAUGUCGUGUGGGGCUGAGGAGGAGGGGCCUGGCAGGGGUGGCACUGGUGUGGCCCAGGUGCUUAGUCCUUUUCUGCAAGUCCUCAGCCCUGGAGGCUGCAGGAACUCAGGUUUGCUCACCCUGUGGUUCCCUGCCCUGGACUGAGACCCAGCCUUGACUUCUGUGACCCGUGGUGGAUCAGCCACUCCAGGUCCCCAGGCCGCUGGGCUCCCCUGCAGCACGGGAUCUUUGGUGCCUGUGAGCUGCUUCGAGUGGCCUGCCCUGCUGCUGACAGCGACUGACGUGUUGAAUUCCCAAGCGAGAGUGCUUAGGACAGGGCCAGACUUCCUCUUGUGGGCGCAGAGGCAGGGAGUAGGGAAGUGGCUGCCAAGCCUGAGGACAGGGUGGGGGCAUCCCAGCUGCAGGCCCAGUUGCCCUGAGCCGGCCAUGCUUUCCGCUCUGCAGCGGCACUGCCUGGGGUUUGGGCAGGGCCAGGCCUGCAGGGCUGGUCAUGGCUGUGGGGCUGGGGACAGCGAGUUGACCCAGUGCGGGGGGGUCUCCCACAGGGGUCCCUGUGCCCUGAGGCCACUGGGCAGGCAGUUUCCUUUGAGGUGUGUGUGCUGCUCUGCGAGUGUCUGGGGAGGGCAGUCCCAAAGGCUGCUCUCUCUGGCCCCUGGAGGCCUCUGGCCUAGUGCUUGGGUAUCCCUUGGACUCCUGGAGUCAGGGGAUCUGCAAGGGGCCCCCGUGGAGCACCCCCUGUGUUGGGAGGAGCAGGUGCCCAGGGCCUGUGGCUCUGCAGGGCUCACCUCACAGACUGGGGGCCUCCAAGACCUGACAAAGCCACUGGGCCCAGGGCUGAUGGCUGAUGAGGUAUUGGAGUGUCGCUCAGUACCACAGGGCCCACGCACCAAACCUGUCCUCACCCCACGAGCAACACGCGGCCGCACAGCACCGGGAGCAGCCCCCGUCCCCUUGUGCAUCUCUGUGCACUGCUCCGGGGCAGGACAUGGCGUGCCCACCUGGCAGCCUGGGCGCUGAGGGAGAUGUUGCUGGCUGCGGAGCUGGGCAGUGGUUGUGUGAGGUGUCUUGAAUGUGGGCAGUGCCAUGCUGGCUAAGAAUGCCCCUGGGACCGCCCUGGGUCUGUGGCCCGUGCAUGCAGCCCUGGAGCAGCAGGACGUCAGUCCCCAUUCUGAGGGUGGGCCUCCAGGUCACAUACUACGAUCAGAGUCCCCAGGGCCAGGGCUAGGUGUAGAGCAGGAUUGGGCACAGGCUGAGUCCAAGGGUGGGGUCCAGGGCUUGGCUGAGGCUGCGUGUGGUCACGGGGCAGAGAAAGUGUCCAGCCAGGGCACGUGGCCUGUCCAGCACCACCUGUGUUAGCCCGGACCACCAUGGCCUUCCUGUCUCUGCUGGCAAAUGCUCUCCACUGUCCACAUUCACCUCUCAGCAACAGAAGCGAGGCCAGGCUGUUACCACUGCAGGUGUAAGGUGGCUCCUUUGCAUGUGAGCGUGGCAUUGCCCGGGCCCAGGCUAGCGCCUCCUCCCUGGCAGGCUGGUCCCUCCUGGGUGGCAAUUGUGGGGGGAUCCGUCACACCUCUGGCCCCAUCUUCCUUCCCUCUCCUCCUCCUUUGGCUCAGAGGGUCGUGACCCUAAUGUGGCAGGACAUAGAGAGCAGAGUUCAGUUGGGGGCUGUCUGCAAGUGAGCAAAGGGGUGCUUUGCUCCAGGAGCGGCCGAGGCCGUCACCCAUACCCGCUCUCUGGGCUUUGGCUCCUUGUGCAGGAGCCUGGCUCUCCCUUCCCUGGCUAGGGCAGGAGCCCCCAGAUGCGGCGAUCAGGGUGUGUCUGCGAGUGCCUGCGGCUCCACUACGGCCCUGCGCUGGGGGCAAGGGUGGGGUGGAGCUGGUGACCGAGGGUUCAAGGAUCCCUGUGAGGCCUGGGCGGGGGCUUCUGAAGGCAGGGCUCGUGGGUUCCACCUCCUGCCCAGGGGGCUUGCAGAGAUGGGGCCACAGUUCCCUGAUGAGAGUAGGGAGUCCUUGCUGGGAUGGUGGGGAGUGGCCUUGUCUUUCUGAGGACCCUCCUCCCUCGGAGCCAGUCGUGCCAGGCCGGAGGUGACGCUGUGCCUGGCAGCAGUCCCUGUGGUUGUAAUGGCCUCUCUAUCCCAGGCCUUAAGACCCCUGAGGCUCAAGUCAGCUCAGGCCUGUGCCCUGGUAGGCACUGCAGGUGCACAGUUUGUUUAGAUACUCCUGCCUCCCAAGCUCUUAUCCAGUUGCCUGAUUGGAGGCAGGCCUUGCAAGGAACCCCGCUCCGGGAAGAAGGCUUGCCCGUGCUCGUGUUUGCUCGUGUUUGCAUGUGGCUCUGUUGCGGACCCAGGCUGUGCCUGCGCUCCUGGUGCCCAGGUGGCAUGUGUCCUUCCUUUGGGUGGAAGAGAAUGCUGAGCAUGGAAUCUUCCGGAUCCCUGGGGCUGCCCCGGCCCUGGUCUGGUGUCUCCCGUGGGCCCUGCUGAUGUGGCUUCCCUGGGUGGCACUGCUGCAGCCACCGAGCCCGGCUUUGCCCAGGUACCGUCUCCCGUGAUCCCCGCACGGCAGCACAACUUUCUGAUCAGCUCCCUGUGCUUGAGUCGAGGGCCAGUGCGUGUGGCAAACCAGAGCCCUGUGCUUGCAGACCCGGUCUCCAUCAGCCGCGUCGCAACUCCACAGACAUUAAGGCAGGGGCUUUGCCCCUUCAGAGAGGGCCGUGGCCACAGAGUGGAGGGGCUGGCCCAGGCAAGGUCAUGACAGAGCAGGACUUGACCCCAGCCCUGACCUCCGCCUGCCACUCCCACCCUUUCCUGAGUGGACUCUUCCUGCCCCACCUGGUGUGGGCACUGAGGAGUCCCCUUCCCUGGGCCACCUCCAGGCCUCCGUUCUAAUGUCAUUGCUGCCCACUGCCCGCACCACGUGGAGCCCUCGGCACGUCUGGCAGCCCAGCGCCCAUCCCUGCAGCCUCCGCUCCUCUGCAGGCCCUGGGCUCAGGCUCCCUGGGCUUGCCUUUGGGGGGUGUCCUCAGGGCGGGGGCGGCUGGGCCUCCAUCUGUAAUUGCCUUCUGUUGUCUUGAU